CUGGCUUUCUUCUAUGUGUAUGUAGUAAUAUAAGCAACUAACAAAAGCCCCUAAUUUAUCCGUUUUGUGAGCUUGACAAUGAGCUUGAAAAAAGAAGGCAAAAUUACACUGGGGAUGCUAAAAGGUAAACCAGUUACCACCUCCGUACCCUCAAUUUCCAUAAAGUUUCACGCUAACGUCGAGCAAAUCGAGGAACUUCGAUUCAGCGAUGACGAAACACCGAUCUCCGAAGAGAAAAACAGUCAGUUUGGCAAUUUGCCGGCUGUAACCAGCUCUAAUGACCAAGACUCAAGUCCUUUAAAACUCUUUCCAAAACUAGUCAAGAGAUCGACAAGCGUAGACGUAUCUACUAAUCAAACUCUUAGCUCGUCGCCGCCUAGUGAUCCAUGGAGAUUCUUCUCCGACAUUAAGGGUAAAAUCACCAAAAGUGUAGAAGAGAAAAUAACGGAAAUUAAGGCGAGGCACGAAGAGGGCUCGCCGUUACACAAAAGCAAAGUCGACCAGCCGAAAGUCAAGGAGAACUUAAGCUUUUCUGACUCUGAAGACCAGUCGGAGAGUAGCAUUUCGAGAACUUGCGGAUUUGCUUCCACUACAGAAGGCGUCGAAAUGUCAUCAGACGACGAAACCUCAUCCGUUGACAAAGAGAAAAAACCGCAUUCCUCUGACACUUUGAGGCAGAAAUUCAGAUUUUUCAAACAUCACAGCGAUAAAAACACCUCGAAAGAAGGCACGGUCAACAUCAAUAGCCUUUCGAAAAUCUACAAUAUUAACACUGAGAACGUGGAACAGGCCUUACCAGAAGAUGUUAGUGAGGACGUGGAGAGUGCUGUGGAUGCGCUAGAAGAAACGGAUUUUAAGCGAAGUUCUCCAGAGAAAAAUGAUAAGCGCCUUGAGAGUGAGAAUAUCAUUAAGAAAGUGGCCCAAAAGUUCGUCAACAUUGAUGUCGACAAAGACAAUGUGAUAAAUAUCACCCAGGUUUCGGGAGACGAAGUUAGGAAACGUUUUUUCGCUGAAGACACGAAGAUGUCCACUGUGUUUGCCCCGACUGGAUUCAUCGACGUCCGAAUUCCCAAACGGAGGCCCUCUACUGAUGCGAAUAUUCUGAAUUAUGUUCUUCUAUCAGUUUACAUUGUCGCAUAUGCCAUUCUUCACGCCUACCUGCCCUACCUGGCUGGCUUCCUCUUAGGUGCUUCCCUAACGCUUAUACUAGCCAUCAUUUAUAUGAAGCUCUACAGCAGGCCUCUCAACAUAGAGGCAAUUGAUGAUAGCGUUCUAAAUAGGAUUAUGGAAGUCCCGGCUGUGAAAGAGUAUCAGCCUUUAACUAAGUAUGAGGGAUGGGUAAAUGAGUACCCAGAAGCCUACGAUCCUCUAUGUUAUCAUAUUUCUCACACGCAGUCCGUAUUUUUGAGACUGCAAGGCAAUCUGUUGAGAAUCAGCCACUCGAAGAGCAAAGUGCCCAAGCGAGCCAUGUGGAACGAACACGAAAUUAAAACUAGUUUCGUUCAUCACAGAGUCUAUAAUCUACUGAACGCGAAAAUCACCUUAUUACCUGAAGGGCUGGCUAAAAUAAGGCUGUGGAGUAAAAAAUAUCCCAUCUGCAUCAUGCUGAGCAAGGAGCAGAUGAAUUUCGACCCAACCACCGUGAAGAUGGAUUUCGAAGACGAGGCGGAAGAAAAGCCAGCUGAGAAAGUGAAAUCGCCAAAGACCAAGAAGAAGUUCACGUUUAAAAAGCGAGAAUAUCCAUAUAUGUCGCAAAGGUUUAGUAAACUAGCCGAAGAUCAGGACAUUGAUUUAGAUUCGGACUCACGAGCCAGCACUCCGUCUCCUGAAAUAGCUGAAACAACGCUAGAUAACUCCCUUCUGCUACAAGAACCAGAAGAGAAACCAGACGAUGAUGAGAUGUAUUCUUGUCCCGAUGACUCAUCAGAAUGCUCUCAAAAUGGCACCCACUCGGAAACCAAGAUUUACAUAUUUGGUCGAACGGAUCGCGAGAAAGAAGACUGGUUUCGGCGAUUAGCCGCAGCUACUCACCAAGAUGGAGGCAACAUUAGGGAAGCUGCAGGCUAUGGCGAUGCGGACUCAGUUAAAACCGAAAUGGAAUAUUUAAAGUACAUGUCCAUAUUUAACAAGGGUUCAAGAAAAUCGUCAAAGCAAGGAAAAGGAGAUAAAGAUUGCGAAGUCACAGAGAAAAGUAGUAUUGAAGACCCAGAUGAGUCGAAAUCGGAUGUUCAACUGUGGUUUAAUGCCCUCAUAGGUCGAGUGUUGUUCGAUUGCGUCCGUGACGCGAGUUUCACCAAAAAAGUCCAAAACAGAAUACAGAAGAAGCUGCAGACCAUCAAGUUGCCCUAUUUCAUCGAAGAAAUCCUCAUCACUGAGUUGAAUUUAGGCAAAACUCCGCCUCUGAUACUGAAAUCCGAAAACCCCAUUUUAGACAAUCGCGGCUUGUGGGUGGAUCUGGACAUGUCUUAUGAAGGAUCGGUCGUGCUGACCCUGCAAACUAAGUUAAACUUGAUGAAGCUCAAGAAUCCUCAAGCUAAUGAUAAGUUGGGGCUGGAGAUAAAAUUAGCGAUCUACCACUCGGAUGUGGACGAUUCGGCUGAAAGCAGCACAGAUGAAGAAGGCCUUCAGGAGCUGCCAGUAAAUAGAGAAGGCACCGGAGAACGCGCUCUUGUUUAUGAAAAAAAGAAGAAAUUCAUAAAAAUGGUGGAUAGAAUCGCGGAAUCCAAAAUCUUUCAAGCGGCUGCUGAAAAUCGAUAUAUUAAAAAAGCGAUGGAAGGUGUUUCUAAUACCGAACUGCGACUAACAGUUGAAUUGAAAGCUCUCUCAGGUACUUUGGUUCUGAAUAUUCCACCUCCACCCAACGACAGGGUUUGGGUGGGGUUCCGACCAGCACCUAAACUGAUUUUAACCGCUUGUCCCAUUGUGGGCGAAAGAAACUUCAAUAACACAAUGGUUACGAGCUGGAUAGAGAAAAAGAUUGUACAAGAAUUCGAAAAAGUGAUGGUGAUUCCAAAUAUGGAAGAUUUUCUCGUACCUGUGAUGACUCCGAAAUUACCAGAGUGAAUAUGUUGCCAGCGAAGUCUAAUUGAGCUGGAAACUUGUUUAUUCUCUAAAUAUACGAAGUGCGCUCAUUGCCAUUGAAAUAUGAAAAUGAAUGAACAAGUUUUCCAGUAAGUUAAAAUAUUUCUAUAAACGCACCCACAUGACUAGGUAUAUUAUGAUACUGAAAAAUACACAAAAUCAAUCAUGUCUUGAAUAUAAAUAUUACAACCAAGUAAACGGUUUAAGAACCUUCACAAAGCCUCCACAUAUGCGCGAUUUUAAAUGCUUAUCCAAGAUACUAUCAAUUGUGAUAUUUACCAAUGGUUUGCAGGGUUUUUGUUUAGCGUUCCUAUCCGUAAUUUGUUUGAUUUUAAGUAUGGUUUUAUUAUAUUUAUGAAAAUUUUUGUUGUUUGUAGGUUUAUAGAUUUUUUUGCUAGGUUAGUAGUGGUUUUGUUAUUAGUUAGUUUUUACUUUUCAGAAAACAUCGUUUUCUGAUAACAUGGACCAAAGGUUACAUUGUAUUUGAAAGUUCUUCUCGUGUUUUAUAACUUCAAUAUUUUGAAAGAUACAAAAUGUUCAGCUUUUGACGAUUUUACAAAGAAUCUAAUGAUUCGGGUUUAUUAAUUGUAUACGCUUGGUACUUGGCUUGGAUCAUUCCGCAAUCCUUUUUUAGUUUGUGAAUAUCCUUAGAAAAUAUGGCCUACGAUAAACGGCCCAACUUGUACACCGAACGCAAAAAGAGCGAAAUUGUGAUUUGGCACGAUCAGUUUCAAAGCAAGGGCGUAUUUUUGAAAAAUGAACUGAUUUAUUUUUGGAAUUUUUAAAAUAAAGUGCGUAUUUUAAUGUGAAAUACAGAUCAGUUAAUUCAACGUUCUUCCAAGCUAGAUGGACGACAUACUUGUUUACAUAUUGAUGUGUUUUUUAGUUCAAAAAAAGUAUUAUUCGUCACAGUGGUAUUUUCCUUACAUGUGAAUUAAUGUUGAAUAAAAACAGUUAGUUGA